UUUCCAUUUCAGUCUGUUUCGACCACACCACACAAACAGUUCGUUCGCGAAAAUCGCAGUUGUCGGAUAUAUUUUUUAUGGUGCUUUGCUAACAACACAAUGGUUUACCUCCCCUUAGUAGUUGGCUUUUCACUGGUUGCUUUUGGAUAUUCUCAAGAUUUAGAUCUUCAGCAUUCCUCCACAUCAAAUUACGCAUUUAGAGAAACCACAGAGGCUUUGCGUACAACCGCCACACCGACUGAUUCCCUAGAGAAAGACAAAGGACCCGAAACGUCGAGAGUCCUAAAGGCACUAUCGUGGCUAGUGACACAGAGGGAAAGUGAUUGGGGUUGGAGAAAUGAUACCCCUAAAGUAUUGACUGCUCUACAGCUAGCCCCAAGAGACGAAUCUCCUAGGCAGACGAUGGAUUCUGUAGAGAUGCAGCUGUCUUUCAAACAGAUGGAAGUGGAGAUUGUCGUGUUAUUAUGGAGACACCAUGAAGUACCAAUAACACCUCCAAAACUAGCUCAAUAUUGUCUGGCUCUAUCGGCUAUGUGCUUUGAUCCUAGACAAUUUCAUGGACACGACUUAAUCGGUAGUUUACAACACCAUGAACCAAUUCAUGAUAUUGAGUUUGCUUACGCUACUCUGGCAUCGUGCACAGCUAGAGCACACGUAAGAAAGAAGCAAAUCAGAAGAUUGUUGGAUAUUGCUAAUACAGCAAAGGACCAUAAUAUAGAUACAGUAGCGAUGACAAUUUUAGCAUUGCGAUGUAUAGUUAAAGAUCACAGGCAUCGAAACCUACAGCAUUCUUUAAGAAGGCCUAGUAUAAGCUUAGCACGAGAACAACAACAAGACGGCGGUUUUGGUAAUUUAUACAAUACAGCACUGACGUUACAGGCUUUGCAAGACAUGAAUGAAAUAAAUAAUCAUUGGAAUAGAAGUGCUGCCAAGGCGUAUAUAGAAUCUAAACAGGACCCAGAUGGAGCAUUCACAGAUCCCAAUUUAACUGCCGAAGUUGUUCUGGCAUUAUCAGAAAGAGGCCUUGGACAUAUUAGAAAUAUUGAUUGCGGAAAGUAUGACAGCGAUUUGGACAAUCACGUUGAAAUCGACGGCCUAACAAAAUCUCUUUCCAACCAUGGCAACGAUUCUGAGAUCCGCAACGUAACGGUAACGUAUACUUUGUGGGUAGGUUCGAAUAUAACUGAAAAUGCAACAAUAAGCGUCACUGCACCUAGAAAUACAUCUUUCUACAACAUAAUGCAGCUAGCUAUGGAACUUGAUCCUCAUUUCGCAUUCGAAGCAUCAGAAUGGCCUAACGGACACUACGUUCAUACCCUUGCUGGUUACAAAGAGGAACCAAUGGGCUACCAUUAUUGGCUGCUGUAUCGAUUACCAGAGCUACCUGAUCCUCUGACACCACCAGCUAAUCAACUUGUCGCUCCCAUGGGUGUGGACGAUCUUUUAAUCGAAGAGGGUGACCAUUAUCUCUUCUGGUAUAAGAAAUUGUAAAAAAAUAUUGUGGAACAUACAUUAUUUUUCGGUUUGAUGAACAUUUACAAUAUUAAUUUACAUGUGCCAUGAUCAUAUCUUUUUUAUUUAUUUUUGAAGCUUUGUGGUCGUCAAAUUUUUGGAAGCUUUAUUGGCUUUUGGCUUGGCGUGAAGAAGAAAAGAGUAUUCAAUUUUAUGGAGAAGAUUUUUCUAAUUGUUUAUGUAAUAUCUAAAAUAAAAUAUAGAACUUGUCGAAAUUAUAAAAUAAUAUCGUGUGAUUCUAAUUGUAAUCUUUCAGGUCGAAGAUUUAUUUCAUCGAGUAUCAAUCCAAUGAAAACAAAAUUUUGAUUAAUUCAUCCACCAAAAAAAUUGGAUACAGAUAUUUACUUAUUAAAUUCACAUAUUUCUACCUCAAACAUUAAACAAAUCGUAAAAUAAAAGUUCAAGUCAAAAUUCAUUUCUACAGGAAAUUUUUUGGUAUUUCUUCUGAAACUUUUAAGGGGACAAAUACGGCGUUAAUCCCCAUGAUUGGGUAUAGGAACUGAAAGAACAGCAUUUAGUCCCCAUAAAUGAUUCUAUUACCUGGCCUACCGAGCAUCAUGAAUAUGAUACUUGGCAGAUGCAAAACCUCAUAGCAAUGCAGGAUACAGAAAGCAUGGUUUACACUGCAGUGUCGCUUGCAAAAAAUUUCAGGUAUUAAUUGUCUUCUUCGUUUUCUUUCGGUGCUGCGUCUGUCGUCAAGCGUCCAUGACAAUUUGGUUGAAUUGUUAUCGAUCUGUCGCUACUUGCAAUAGUUGUUCUACUCCCUGCCUGGUCCAAUUUAAAGUAUUCCGAAUUCACAAUAGCUUUUCUCGACCUAUACAUCUUCUGCCCUCAACUAUUCCCUCAACUAUAAUCAGGCAAUGGAUUUCGAACGUCGUAUUAUAUGCUCCAAAUAACUGACCUUUCUUGUUUUUAUAAUGUUUAAGAGCUAUUGAUACUCAUUCAGUUGUCUGAGUAUCUCUUCAUUACUAGUAUGUGCGUUCCAAGGGAUCUUGAGGAUUCUCCGAUAACACCACAUCUCGAACGCCCUUAUUUUAUUCAUGUUGUUAACUUCAAACGUUCGUGCUGCACCUCCUAUUUGUGAAUAACAAACUAUUCAAUUUAAUUCAAACAAGCCCAACACCGGGGCUCUGCAAGGGUUUUCUCAACAAAGGGUCGGCAGUCCUUCGACGACGCACAAUGUCGAAGACGUAGCCCUGUAAUUUGAGUCGCUAACCUCUCAACAAUAUCGAAGUCGUAGCCCUGUAAUUUGAGUCGCUAACCUCUCAACAAUGUCGAAAUCGUAGCCUUGUAAUUUGAGUCGCUAACCUCUCAACAAACUCUGUCUUUUGAGGAGGCGCUGUGGGAUGGGGCGUGAAAUAAUCAGAAGGGCUGUCAGUCCUUGGACGACGCACAAUGUCGAGGUCGUAGUCCUGUAAUUUGAGUCGCUAACCUCUCAACAAUGUCGAAGUCGUAGCCAUGUAAUUUCAGCCGCUAAUCUCUCAAUAAUGUCGAAGACGUGGCCCUGUAAUUUGAGUCGCUAACCUCUCAACAAACUCUGUCUUCUGGGGAGGCUCUGUGGAAUGGCGCGUUAAAUAAUGAGAAGGGUUGGCAGUUCACAAUUAUGCACAACAUCUUAGCUCUGUAAUUUCAUUCGCAAGCGCUCUAACCUGGGAAGGGUUCUCGAUUCGUCCAAUAUCCUCAAGUAGUGGCUUAAGGUUCCUCCCACUCUAAAAUGUUUCCGCAGUAAGUAAAUACGUUACACCUUUCUUUUUCAACUUGAGAGUAACUUUUUUACGCUUUUGUAAGCGAAUGACUUCCACACGCAACAAUCCCUGAUGCAUUGUCUGUAGGUUGAAAUAAAAUAGCGCCUAGUUAAUUCGGGCCAGCAUCAUCCUUCGGAAAAAGUAUUGACUUAUUUCUUAGACGUUUUUGAUAGUUUUGAUCAUUUUUCUGAAUCGACUAUUAAUAUUUUUCACUUCUAAUUUAUGUGUAUGAUCUACCAGAACCAACAAUGAAUAAACACAUUAUAUGAGAGAAAUUUUGCAAUGUAAAAUAUUGACGAAGUGAGUUAAAUAUUCACACAUAGAUUUAUAUCGAGAUCCUCUGUAUUUACCACAUGUACACUACCAUUUUUUUUUAUUUAUACAUUUUAAUGUAGUACAUAACGCUAUUAGAUCUAAUAUCAAACUACUGUUUGUCGUGGAACUUUUCCUGUGAAAUUUUUAGAUAUAAAACAAAAGUAUUUAAUAACAUGCAUUUUUAUGAGACAAUACUUUGAAUUUUUUGUAAAUGUUUUUAUAGGUAUAGCCUUGUAGACGAUAUUAGUUCUUUCAAUUGUUAACGAGGAGCAAAGAAAAAUUGUUAAAAAUUCAUUUAUUUUUAUUAUAUCUGGCUUUUAAAUACUACGGACAGUAAUAAACUAUUCUUAAGUUUGAUAAA